CAGUGUGUGCCGCCUGAACAUCUCCGUCCUCCAUUCAUUCAUCGUCACAGCAGCAGCAGCAGCAGCAGCGACACGAGCUAACAUGUCAGACAAGAAACAGACCGUGGACCUGGGUCUACUGGAGGAGGAUGAUGAGUUUGAAGAAUUCCCAGCCGAGGACUGGACGGGGCUGGAUGAGGACGAAGAUGCUCAUGUUUGGGAAGACAACUGGGACGAUGACAACGUAGAGGAUGAUUUCUCAAAUCAGCUCAGAGCUGAGCUGGAAAAACAUGGCUACAAGAUGGAGACGUCAUAACGGCUGACAAAGACCUUUCAGUGUUUGAUGACAUAUGGACAUUUAUAUUUGAAUAUUACUGGCUUACACUGCAACAUCGGAGGAGAUUUGAGGAUGUUAAUUUGUUUUGUUUUUUUGUAAGAAAUAUUGAUGAAGUAAAGUGUUUGGAGAAAACAA